AUGAUCGCUAGCAGCUUUUUCUAUAAUUCUAAUACAACAAAAUCUUAAACAUAUUAUUGCAAUAGUAGAAGUAAUUUAACAAAUGUUUCUGCUAAAUUUGCAGGUUGCGGAGGAAAUUCUUCAUCUAUAGCAGCAAAAAGAUUAAAAAUUUAACCAAUAUUAAAAAAAACUGGCAUUUAUUAGCCUAAAAAUUUUAAUUCUCAUGAAAUUAAUAAAUUUACAAAACAUUUUUUAAGGGGUGAUAUUCCUAUAGCCGUGAAUUUUAUCGGAACAUAGCGAAAAAUAUAAUGGAAAAUAGAUAUUGAAAAAAUUGAUUAUCAUAGAAAUUUGCCUUUAUUUUUUGAAGGUUUAAGAGAAGUUAAAGAGCCAUAUAAUAAAUAGUUUUUAUCUGAUGCAGGUUGUGAUUUUUUACUUGAAAACGGAGGAAUGAAAACACUUUCUGUUUUGCCUUAAUUAAUUGGACCAAUAAAAAAUGCUUUAGAAACUAAAGAUCAUGCCAUAAUGUGCAAAACAUUAAAAAAAAUAUAAAAAUUAGUUAUUUCAAAUAAAUAUAUAGGAGAAGCAUUAGUUUCUUAUUAUAAAUAAAUUUUACCUAUUCUGAAUGUUUUUAAAACACAUAGAUUAAAUUAUGGAAUCCAUAAUUAAAGCCUAGGUGAUUUAAUAUAAGAAACAUUAGAAAUUCUAGAAAAAAAUGGGGGAAAAGAAGCUUAUGCAAAUAUUAAAUAUAUGAUUCCAACAUAUGAAAGUUGUAUAUCUUGA